GGGACACGCGGGGCGAGCGGCGGCGGCAGCAGCAGCAGCGUCCGGUUGGGUUGCAGAGCUGGAGCGCGGACGGGCGUGGAGAGGUAGGCAGGCGGCGGCGGCCGGGCCAGUUCCGUCCUGUGCGCCCUGGCCGCGCGUCAUGCGCUCCGGCACGUGGAUCGGGCUCCAGGCGGCGGCGGGCGGGGAAGGAGAGGGAAGCGAAGCUGGCGGCACCUCCGCCCUGACUGAGCCCGGGGGGAGAAGCCGUGGUGGGUAGAGGUGGGCUGGAAAGGGCAGAGAGAGAGAGAGAGGCGCUUUUCCAAAUCAGGGCUUGCCGAUUCUAACGGGGCGGAGGAAAGAUGGAUGGGUGCUGGUCUGAAUGCAUUGGCUGCCUGGGAAAGAGAUCGCCUCCAUUGAAGCGUUUUAAGGACAUCCUUCUCUCUCCCCGCCCCGGGAAACGCAAGCGAGGCAAACUCCCCGGUCGUAAAGCGCGCAGCGGGCGUUUUCACACAAUACCGUGCACGUUGCGCCUCGUUGCGCCCUCAAAUCCCAGCACCAAGAAGAGGGCAUUUGCGAGGCACGCGCGCACACGGACGCAACCUGCGCCAGGAGCCGGGCUGUUACAUAGAGCAAGGCGGACGGGGCGCGCACACGCGCAGCGCAGGCGCUCACCCGCAGAACAGGCUCCCGGCUCCCCGCCGCCGCCGCUAUUGUGUGACAAAAGACCCAACUCUCCCGUGCCUAAGCUCGGCUUCGGGCGGGGCGCGGGGGCUUCCUCCCGGUAUACGUCAAGACAGGAGGCAAGGGGUGCAAGAGCAUGUGCAGAGUGCUCUUCUCGCUCCAGCCGGCGGCCAUGGUUGGGCAGCCACUCGCAGGCAGGAUUCCCUUUGUGCGUUUGAUUCCCCCAAGGAGCUCCCCGCUCCUUUUAUUCCUACAACAACCUUGCGAGGUCGGUUAGAUCUGAAAAGGAAGUGAAGGACCCAAGGUCACCCAGAGAGCUUUGUGAAGCUGCAUCUUCCCCAGUUGUAGUCAAGGCAGUCAUAGUCUGUCCACCAUGCUGGGGAUAUAAACUGGGAGCCGAAAUGUUCCCAUGGAAGUGAAUCUAGGAAGCACCACUUAAUGAUGAGAACUGCAGCAGGGACACUGCGAAGACGUUGAUAUCUAGAGGCCUCUGUUGUUUAGGAAGGAGAUGGAGUGGCCUGAACUCUGUAUCCAUCUCUAGGACACUGCUGGCUGCUGUGUUUAGAUUUUGUGACCCCCCCAGUACAAAUCAGCUACUCCAUCACACCCUUCAGCCUUUGGCAAUGCUUAAGAAUAUAGGCAGCUGCCUUAUUGCUGGUCAGAUCAUUUGGCCAUUGUCUGCCCUGACAGAUGGCGACUGCCCAGGGUCUCAAGCACUGCAGGUUCACCUGUUUACUCUGACCUUUAGGGAAUGAAAACUUGGAGCAUCUGCAUGCCGGACAGGUGUUCUGCCUCUGAGUUUGGUCCCUUCCUGAUACCCUUCAGUUAUUAAUGGUCCUUACUUGCAGUUGUCUGAGAACAUCUGCUUGGAGAUCUUGCGCUUGGCCAUCAUCUUAUGUCUUGGGAAUUUAAGUGUCAAGAGCACACAGCACAGUUCAGCAGUGCAGGAGCAAGGAGACCAUAUAUAGAUAUAGAUAUACCGCUUCAAAUUUCGGCAGCUAAGUGGUCUUGCAAAUCCCAAGGGGAAAAAAUAUUCAUGAGAAAUACAAAGUCCGCAUUCAAAACUGAAUAAGACUGAUAGUGCUACUAAUAAGAACUCCACAUUUAAAGUAACGUAAUUAAAUACCUCCAAAUAUGUCAAAAUGCAACGCAAACGCAAUAUAGCAUAAAAAGUCAUAAUUACCCAAAAAACGUAAUAGAGUUGUCAGACGUAUUCACUUGUAUUUUCGCACUUCACACAACUAAUUGAAACACACAAUCCACAAUCACUUAGUUCUCUCCUUGCCCACACCAUUCCAUGCACUCAGUUCUCACUUCAAUAAAACACACCCAACAUUGAAUUAACAAAUAGCCAAUAAUCCUGUACAAAGGAAUUGGGCCCGUUUUAUGCCUGUGAGGUGUGAAAGUCUCUCUGCACCUUCACACAUAUAGGUGAAUGCACAAAGUCUCCCCAGGAACAGAAUUUCAGAUCUCAGGGGAACUUGCACAUGUGCAAAGGCCCCCAUCCUACAGAUGCUUGCAGAUGUCAGAGGAGAGAUGGACAUGGGAGCUAAUAAUUGCCCAAACAGAUCUAUAGAUGCAUUUACACCUGUAGUGGCUUCUCUUUCAAGCAUCCUUUCCUUCCUUGGAGGUUCACCAGAGGCCUGUUUUUGGCCUACAGCUCUCAUGUGCCCCAGCCAGCGCAGCAUGGCCAGGACAAAUGGGAGAUGUAGUCAAACACAUCUGGAGGGCACCAGGUUGGUAAAGGCUGGAAUAGGUGAUUAAACCGGAGGGGGGGCAUUGGCUAAUGUUGGAGCCAUGGAUGGAAUCACAGCCAUAGGAUGGAACCUGGAAGACUGAAAGAGAUGUUCAAAUGCUGUCAGGUGGUUUGCAGGUUUCAUGUUGUACCUAGGUGAGCUGGGAAGGAGACACAUAAAAUAGGUUGAUCUCCCUUUUUAAAUAAAAUAAAAUAAACAUAAAUUCCAGUUGUUACCUAGAUCUAUUUCCAUCUUUGGACAGCACAGGCACGUUCCUUGGCAAGUGGAGGAAAUGGGGAAACUAGGGAUCUUUUGGAGAUUAAUUUUAGAUCGUGUCUCGGUUAAAAAAAGAAAGCAGAAACCAGACUGGUUUGCUUUCUCUCGUAGCUGCAGAGAAUGGCCUCUUGGAGAAGGAAGUCCCAUCUUCAGGGUGGUCUCAGCACCUCUUCGUCCAGUUUAGGAUCCUUCUGUAGAACAGCUAAAUUUGGUGUUUUCCAAGUCGUACAAAAAGCAAAGGUGGUCUUGUCGGCCCAUAAGAAAAAUGUAAAGUGAUUAGGCCAACUAAAAUAUUGCAAAAUAGUGUGCAAGUUUUGAAUUCCCCAGAACUCUUCAUCAGGCUUGAAUCGCUAGAUCAGGGACAGGGAGACUUAGGCCAGGGGGCCAAAUAUUGCCCGCCCCCCAACAUUGCCACACCCUCCUUGAGUACCAUUGCCCAGCUGGAGUAUGUCCUUCAGUUGUGGUGAUGCUUCUUGCUUGCCACAAUGGAGGGGUGUGUGCACGACUUGUAGAAACCUCUGACAUCCACAUGAAUGAAUUUUGGAAUGCAGCCUCCUGUACAAAGGUAAGAGUCUUAUCCAGGGCCCCACCCACUUUUACCUCUGGGAUUUGGUCCUUGGGCAGAAAAAGGUUCCUCACUUCUCAGCUAGUUGGGAAACAAAACAGGCAUAUGGGAGUCACAUCCAUGGCUCUUCCCACUUUUGCUUCUGGCCCUGCCCACCACUGGCAAGUGGCCAAGGGAACAUGCCUAGGAGCCAUGAUGGCUCCUGAAAUCUCCACCAUCUGGAGGGGCAUGCCUGGUGAUAAUUGGAUUUUGGCUGUUUUCGCACACAAAUACCCCAUCCUGUAGAAUUCUCUCUCUGGAACCAAAAUACUUUUUCUGUGCAGCCUGAGCAGGAGCAGUUACCAUUAAGGAAAAAGAGGUCUGAGUAGGCCGAUAGGUAGGUGGACUGUCCCUGGAUCAAGUGACUCUUCUUUCCGUUCUCCGAAGUUCUUAACUUAGCUCAAGGUGGUCAUCUGAACUAGCCAGAUGUUUAACUGAGAAUCAAUCACCAUUCAGUCCAUUAUUUCAAAAAUAAGACUUUAGCGUUAUAUAAUAGUAAUAAUAAUAAUUUAUUAUUUAUACCUUGCCCAUCUGUUGACGGUUUCCAACAGAAUAUUAAAAUACAAUAAUAUAUCAAACAUUAAAAGCUUCCCUAAACAGGGCUGCCUUCAGAUGUCUUCUAAAAGUCUGGUAGUUGUUUUUCUCUUUGACAUCUGGUGGGAGGGCAUUCCACAGGGCGGGUGCCACUACCAAGAAGGCCCUCUGCCUGGUUCCCUGUAACUUGGCUUCUCACAGGGAGGGAACCGCCAGAAGGCCCUCAGCACUGGACCUCAGUGUCCGGGCAGAACAAUGGGGGUGGAGACUCUCCUUCAGGUAUACUGGACCGAGGCCGUUUAGGGCUUUAAAGGUCAACACCUACACUUUGAAUUGUGCUUGGAAACGUACUGGGAGCAAGUGUAGGUGUUUCAAGACCGGUGUUCCCUCCUAGGACUUUGUCUUUCCACCCCACCGGUCCUCCCUAUCCCCUUUUCCUGUUUGUCUCUGUCCUUCCUAAAGUGCAGCUCCCAAAACUGGACCCAGGUGAGGUCUGGCAAGUGCAGAUGUGAGCCACCCUCCCGAUCAAAGCAUCUUUAAAGUUGGGAGAGGCUGGCGAGGGCAAGGGUUCCUUCAUGGCUUUGGAGGAGACACCUCGAAAGCAAGGAGCAGACAUGACUGAAUCCAACAGCUGGCCCCGGCAUCUGUGCGCCUGCUUUAAAUUCUAAAUUAAUUAGUCUAGCAUAGGAGGAUGUGGUUUUAACUAGUUCCUCAUCCGCGCCCCCCCCCCACACAUGUAGGAAGCUACUGAGAAUUUACGGAGUGGAUCUGCUCAGUGCUGAGGUGCAAGACUUUCUUCUGGUCAAAGCCUCUGCCCUGUCGUCUCAGAUUGCUGGGGGUCAAAGGUCAGAGUCUCCCAUCUUGGCUGUUAACUGGCCACCAAUCUCAGGGCUGACUUCCUGGUGGUCAAAGCAAGUUUUGAGGUGGGGGCUUAGCUUAACUUUUCUGCUGGUUAUUCUCAGCAAUGAAAUAUUUAUUCAGAGGAUUUGUAUACUUUUCAAGGGGACGCCGUACAUGAAAUGAUUAUUAUUUUUUAAAGCAUCAGUCACAAUUCUACAACAGCCACCCCAAAAAAGCAGGAUGGGGGAACAAUCUCAUUUUGUAAGUUCUGUUUCUGCUUCUCCCCUCUCUUCAGGGCAAAUGGUUCUUCAGAUUCCCCCCUUGGCUGCAUUUUGGGGAAGGAGGGGCCGGAUGGUGGCAGCUUCUGCAAUGGCAUUUAGCAUCCAAAUGCUUCACUUACAAUAACUUUUCAGCAAUUUUGUAAGGUAGGUUGGCGCUGUUCCCAUAUUGCAAAUAUGGGGACUAAGGCUCAGGCAGAGCAGAUUGCUUAAGUUAAUUAAUGAGUUGAAUCGGGGAUUUAAGCUGCAUCAUUCCAAGUGAUCAUUCCAAGCUGGGUUAGGUACAUGGGAAACUGGUCCAACCCUUGCGCUACUAUUGUCUAUGCCAGCCUUCCUUCACCUGAUGCCCUCCAUAUGGUUUGGGCUACAACUCCCUUCAGCACUGGGCAGUAUAGCCAGUGGUCAGGGGUUAUGGGGCUUGUGGUCCAAAGGAUCUGGAGGGCUCCGGAUUGGGGAGUUCUAGCUUGCUCUGACUGGUCAUGCACUCUCCAGGAUCUCAGACGGAGGCAAGUAAAAAAAUCCAGAUAUUGUGGGGAUUGUAUCUAGGACCAUCUAUAUGUAAAGCAAGCACUGUGCCACUGAGCUACGGUGGCCCCCUGACCUGCUAGGGGUUAAUGACAGGCCUCUGGCUCUUGUUUUAACAACCAGCACUUUUGCCUAUUUGUCCUAAACCCCAGGCAUCCUGUGGCAUUCAGUUCCACAGGACAACUGGGGGGUUCUUGUUCUUUGUUGUUGUUAAUACAAGGGUUUCCAGACAUUGCUGAACAUCUUCUUUUGCAUCAACCCCAAACGUCUGCAGCAAUGGCCAGGAAUGAAGAGAGCUGUAAUUCAGCAACAUCUGGAGGGCCACAAGUUCCCCGUCCCUACAAGGCUAUAUUAUUUUCUUUGGCUUUAAAUCUAUGUACAGCCUCUGGCGUGUAUAGAUUAAUGAGGUUCUGCAAAGGCACAGCAGACAGAGAAGCACGAGAGGGCUGGGAGACCAAGCGUGAGAUCAGCCUCGCUCAGAGGCCUGUGGAGAUAAGCAAGUGAUCUUUUUCAGCAUGCAGCCUCUCAUCCCUGACGGAUUGCAAUAACCUGACCCAGGGCUGGCUCUGGGACUGAGAGUCUCCUCACUAUGGUGUUGACUGGUGGGUUGCCAUCCUGUGUGGGUUGAACCCCGGUGAUCACAGCUGGCGAUAGAGGCAGGCAGCAUUGAUCCGUUUGGGAAUGGGCAGCCCAGCGGAAAGAGUCUCCCUCUGAAUUAACCAUCCCGAUUCCUCAAUCUCAAUCUCCAUUCCACGCCUGGAUUAAGACCAACCCCUGAUGAAAGGUUGUGGUAGCAAAUGAUGGAGAAGACCAUUCUGUGCCCAAGACCAACUUUCCUGCCAGAGGACACUGGGCUGGGCUGGAAUCAGGGGUGAGGAGGCACCAGCCCAUGGGUCAGACUUGGUCAGGGAUUUGAGGCUGGCCUGCAAGGUUGUUUUCCCCAAACCAUGCUCACCUGCUCUGCAUCAUAUGCAAUUUCAGGUGUGGGGCUGUUUGAGACGUGGUUGCCAGUACGGCCAGGAAGGUGCCCUCCCCAUUGUGUAUUGGCAAUGAAAACCCAAAGUGAGAGCUUUGCUAGCAAACUCCCCGUGCAAAGUUUGUUUGCAGAAAGCUGUUGGGCAGUAAAACUGAAGCAUUCAGUGUUUUAAAGCACUGUGUAGGGCUUCUCGCAAGCCUGGCAUCAAGCUUUGAAGUCCCAGCUUUGGGACUUCAAAGUACCCAAUCACCUGAGGGGAUAGUGACGCCAGGCAGUUGGCAGGUGGACAUCCCACCCACUUGUGGGAUUUGGCCCGUGGGGCUGAGAUCUGGCCUGCACAACUGAAAAGGCUCCCCUCCAAACCGUGCUAGAUGGACAAAGGGGAGAGGGGGGUGGGGACUUGAGGCCUUCCCCUCCCACCGCAAAAGGGGGCCUUCUGAGUGGCAGGCCACUCCCCUUGCGUUGCCAGCGCUUUCUCAAUGCCUCCCUGUCCGCAUUGCCAGGCCGGCUGGUGGCUGACGCAGCCCAAAUGGCACUCUGUGGCCUUUCCCUGCCCCCUCCACCUCCAGCCUGGCAGAAGGAGAAAGCCCCCUAUUCAUUGCUCCUGGAAAUCCAGCUGCAAAGGGACGCUUUGGCCUUAUCGGAGCAGACCCAGAGAGAGAGAGAGAGAGAGAGAGAGAGAGAGGAGUGGGAGACUGGGUUGCAGGACGUGGGUCUGAUAGAAAGCCAGGCCACACAGUUGGGACCCGGACAUAAUUUCCCCUCCCCUCCCCCAUCCACAGUGGAUCCCAUUUUUAUGGGAUGCAAGAAAGGAAGCUAGCGAGUUUUUCCUUUUAGGUAGGAUGGGAAAACCCUCUAGAAUCUUGUUAUAUUUGGGGAACUGGGACUCAGGCCUGCAAUGUGUGCUAAGGCCCAGUGCGGAUCUUUCUAGUGAGGAACCCGCACUCACCACUUUGUGUGUGUUUGGUGAUGUGGGGGGGCAGAUCUGCAGCUAAGGCCCAGCUCUUUCCUGAGGAAGUUACGUGAGAGAGUUGCUGUGUGUGUUUGAGGGAUUGGGGGCGGAGGGGGGUAGAGAAGAGGAAGAAACACAAAAGCAGCUGUAGCCGAGCUGCCGUGUGUUUGGGGGGAAGAGUCUGGUCUCCUGCUUGCGCCACACUUCCUGCGCUACAGGAAGUGAGUCACCGCGCCAGCGCUGUCAGGCCACUGCGGACUGCUACCUCCCCCCCUCCAAAAAAGAUACCGGUUCUCUGGCAGGGUGAGGGGCGACCGUUAUUCGGGAAGGGAUCAGGGGGGCGCACGACGGGAUUGUUUUGCAAUGGGGGGAGGGAAACGGGGAGGUAAAAAGGGGGCGCUUCCGUGCAUUUGAAAUGGACGAGGCCUCGCCGAAAUGACUGGGCUCUUUGCCCAAGGACCCUUCCUUUUGCCUUCCUCCCAAAUGCUUUAUCGUGUCCCUUGGCAUGUUGGUGGGGGUGCCUAUUUCCUGUUGUCAUCGACAUCUUCCUCUUUCCUUCCAUGGCUCUCCAGCCUUCUUUUCCUGCCUCCCCCCCCCACCCCAUGCCUGCCAUCGGGUCAGCCGCCGCUGAAUGACUUUAGCCUUCUGCCUCAUGUCUGCUUCCUUCCUCGGAAGCAAACUUUUCCUUCUCUCGACAGCCCUAAGAUGGCAACUCCCCUCGCCUACUUUCGUGGGGCAACUGCCUGGAGCCUGAGAUGUGCUGGGAACAUUGGGGGGGGGGCUUUUUUAUUUGUACCCAGUUAAGUUUGCCCUGGAAUAAUUUCCUGCGGUUGGGUCUGAUCCUGAUUGGCAGCGGGUCUUGUGGUUUGCUUGCUUAAUGCGUCCGGGGCAGUUUGCUUGUCAGAUUCUUUUUUCCAAGUCUCUUGCAUUGCUCUGUUUGGGAUCUUUGGGGCCAGCAGGAUUUUAUGGGUCCAGUACACUAUAUGUAGGUUGUGCACACGCACACCCCAACCCACUCACAAAAGUGGGUGGAGUUGCACAAAAUUUGUGCAUUCUUUGUGUCAUGCACAAAUGGAUGCCCUCUUUUGCAGGCGGGGUGGAGGGCCCAAAAAUAAACCAGUGGCCACACACCUAAUGAAAUGCUUGAUAGACAGAAUGUGGACAGGUAAAGCUUCCCCCAUAAUUGUAUUUCCAUAGUAGAAAAAGCUUAGCCUGCUUAAUUUUUGACAGCAAACAGAGGCACAAGAAACCUGCUUUCCCCCAGUGCCAACCCUAAAUAAAAGCCUAGGCUGCAAUUCUGUGGCCAUUUAUCUGGCAGAAAGCCCUGUUAAAAACAAAGAGACAUAUACCGGUUCUGAGUAGGUAUGUACACCAUUGUACAGCAAGUUAACUCUCCAGUGAGUGCCUUUUCUUUAGCUCCUGCACGGCAGGAGACAUAACAGAGUUCUCACAUUUUGUGUUUACCAUUGAGGGGGUUGGUGGGUUUAACAUUCACCCACACUUAGUAAUAUUUUCAGAAAGUAACUUCUAGGGAGUACCUGAUCUCUGAUGAGCCCACCACAGGAAAGAGGCAUCCUGGUUGCUAGGAUAAAAGGGAGCAGAAACUACAGAGAUUCCAAGGUCUGGGAAAUGAGACAAAAGCAGGAAAAGUGUGCUAAAGGGGAGAGGAAAACAGUAAUUCAUUACCUGGAUGUCAGGUGGGUGGAGGGUCCUGCCUUUGGGCAGGCACCUGUAUUAGACAUUCCUCCCAAGUUUGUGGGCCUUGUUUUGCAGUCAGAACCUAUAACAAAAUGCUGCCAUGCAUCUCCAGCUGCUAAGGUGGGAAUGGGGAAACUGCGGCCCUCCAGAUGAUGUUAAACUCCCAGCUCCCAUUAGCUGCAGUCAGUGGAGACGGUGGUUUGGGAUGGUGGGAAUGGUCAUCCUGCAACAUCUGGACGGCCACAGAGCAGGUAGCAGUUGAUGAAAUUGGGGUCCCUGCCAGGGCCUUGCAGAGCCAGGCAGAGGCCCAGGCCAGGUAGAUAAUGUGCCCCCCUUUUUUUUACCCUGGGGAUAACUGAAGUCUUAUAAAUAAGUAAGUUUGCCCCAGUGUAUCCCCUGCAAUUGUGAAUAUGCUGACCGAGGCCCCCUUUGGAAUCGAAGGCCCGGGCCAAGUGGCCCAUAUGGCCCCCCUCUGUCUGGGCCUGGUCCCUGCCUGAGAGAGCUGCUGCCAGUCACAAGAGUAGUUAAUUUCUUGACUAGAUAGUCUGACCUGGCUUAAGGCAACUUCCUAUGUCUACAUUGUGCUAGAGGACUCAGGUUUUGGGUUCCAAGUCCUGAACCUGAACAUUUAAUAGAUGGUUAUUAUUGUCCUUAUUUGUAUACUGUCCUAUACUCAUAGAUCUCGGGCUGUUCACAACGUAAAAUUCCAAUACAACAAACACAAAAUACAUAAUAAGAAUAAGAACCAAAAAAAAUCCCCAGUAAUCCCCACUUCCACAACGUAUUUAAAUGGCAUCAGAUGUUAAUUAGCCAAAGGCCUGGUUAAAGAAGAACGUUUUCACCUGACACCUAAAGAUGUAUAAUAAAGGCGCCAGGGGAGAGUGUUCCACAGAUGGGGAGCUACUGUAGAAAAGGCCCAUUCUCAUGUUGCCACCCUCCGGACCUCUUGUGGAGAAGGCACCCAAAGAUGGGCCUUGAAAGGUAAUCUCAGGGUCCAAGUAGGUUCAUAUGGGGAGAGGUGGCCCUAGAGGAGGAGGAGAAGAGGUUUCUGGAGACUGGGGAAGGAAAAGCUUAUCUUUCCCCAUUUCCUUUCCUUUUUUCUGAAAGUACCCCUGUGUAGUACUAACAGGGGAGUGUUUUCAUUUUUAAAGACUGUGGCACUCAUUUCCCCCCAUCCUACUUGCCCCUCCAAGAUACUGACUAUAAUUUGCAAGUUCUUCAGGGCUUGAGCAAGGCUAAUUCCCUCUUCAUAAACACAUCCCUCAGUUCCAUGCUGAAUUUCUCAACUGACACCUCAACAAUCCACACAUCCUGGAAACUCACAGGUCCUCCAUUUUUUGAGUUCCUCUGAAUCCUGGGAAUUGCAGUUUGCUAAGGGUGCAGGGAAUUGUAGCUUGGGGGGACACUACAGUUUCCAGGGUUCUUUGGGGAAGCCAUAACUGUUAGAUGUGCCAUAAAUGUGAUUUAAAUGUAUGAUGUGGACGUGACUGUGCUGAAUUCUGUUUAUGUGGAAUAAAAAGAGCACAUGGGGGGGGAAUCAAUGUGUGUUUGAGCCCAAAGUAGUUUUUUUCAUUUGGUUUACAGGUGUGGGGGAUGCAAAAAUCAGUAUGACUUGUUAGAAUCGCUUGCUGACGCUUCAUCAGUUCUCUCCUUUGCACCCACGCUGAGGUGUGAUACAGGUUUUCUCGCUUUCUCUUUGCAUGUAUUCUCCCGCUGCCCGCUGUGAAAUUUCCCCAUGCAUAAGAAUUUCCAUUUUAGAACAUUUCUCAUCUUGACUGGAUCUUAUCAGAAGCUCUUGUGCUUUCUAAAAAUGCCCACCAGGGAAACAACAACAGCAACAACAACAACAAUAAUAACAGGGCCCUGACCAGCAUUUCAGCCCCCCAGCUUACUCUCCUUAGUAGAAAUAUCUCUCACUUUUUAAAUAUAUGUAUGUAUGUAUUUGUUUGUUUUUGUUUGUUUAUAUAUUUAUGUUUAUAUAUAAGGAGCUCAAGACAGUUCUCCCUUCCCUUGUUUUAAUCCUCACAACAACCUUGUCUGAGAGCAAGAGCUGGGCCAGUGAGAGAUUCAUGGCUGAGGGAGGAUUUGAACCCGAGACUCCUCAGUCCUAGACACAUCCGUUAUGCUGUGUUGUUCUCAAAAUAUUUUACUAAUUCGUCCCCCCCACCAACAUCUUCUUUUCCCGCCUUUGCAGCUCAGGGUGGUACAUAGUGGUCUUCCCCACCCACCCACCCGCCAAUCCCAAUCCCAUCUUUCUCAUUGCAACAACCCUGUGAGGUAGGUUAGGUUGGGAGUGACUGUCCCAGCUCACCCCCCACAGACCUUGCACUUGAUUAGGGAUUUGAAUCUGGGCCUGCCCAGUCUUUGGCUACAUUCCUGCCAUACAUUUAAAGCCCUGUGAUACCACUUUAAAAAGUCAUGGCUUCCCCCAAAGAAUUCUGGGAGGUGUCGUUUGUUAAGGGUGCUGAGAGUUGCUAGGAGACCGCUAUUGCCUUCAUAGUUCCCACAGAGUUCCCUGUGACAGAGGGAUCAAUUGUUAAACCGCUUUUGACAAUUGUGGCUCUGUGAGGGGAACAGGCCUUUCCUAACAACUCUCAGUACCCUUUAGAAAACUACAGAUCCCAGGUUUCCUAUGGCCUGUUUAGAAGUGGCAUCGUAGUGCUUUAGGUUUAUGGUGUGAACGUGGCCCAUGUCUGGCACUCUCUAAACGCUACAUCACACUUUGAAGUGAGUGACGCUUCGGCACGGUGUGGCAUGAACAAAUGUACCUAUAACUCUGUAUGUGUGUGAUAAAGGAGGGAAACCAUGUAAAAGAUGUGCUGCCUAGAGAAGGACAGCAGAGUGGAGUUUGGAGCUACUCAGGAGUAGGGCUGGGCGAUACCAUUUUUUCAACAUUGCGGUGUAUCGCCAGCCGAACAUUGCGGUUUGGCGAUAUACCGCAAUGUUGAAAAAACAUGCUGCACUGGCCUCUGUGAGGCACCUGGUGAAAUUGCCCCAGUUCUCACCUCAGGAACUGAGGCGGUUUCACCCUGGUGGUUAUGGGCUGGGACCACGCAGCUUGUUUGCGCAGCAAAGCUGAGGGUCCAGAAGGUUCCCCCUCCCCAGCUAAGACAGCCCCGGCACUCACGGGCAAAGCAUCGGGGCUCCUUUAACUGCUCGCUGUUGGGAGUGCCAACCGUGCUCCUCACCUGAGCAGUUUUACCCCGCCACCAGUUCACGGGGGCCAGCGCUGGGCUGGGGGCUCCUUUAACUGCUUGGCUGAGGUAAGGGCAGCUGCGCACGCCUCAGUCAAGCAGUUUAAAGAUGCAGAGGGAGGGACAAGGUGUAUCAGCGCCUCACUGAUACAGCUUGUUUCUCCCUCUGCAUCGUAUGAUGGAAGAGUGUAAUGGCAAUUUUGUUGUGAGCUAAAAAUGGUUUAUCUUCUGAGUUUACGCCAAUAAAACUCAGAGACAAGAGGAGUUAGGUGUCCAUUGUUGUUUAUUGCUAAGCAAUAGGUUACAGUCCAAUUGUUUCGCAAAACUGCAACACUGGGUCCAUGCAGCUUGUUUCUCCCUCUGCAUGAUAUGAUGGAAGAGUGCAAUAGUGGUUCACUCAGCAAUAUAUCACUGGUGAAACUGCCACUGCUCCUGAGUCCGUCUGCUAGCCGUGCUGCUGGAGGAAGGAACUCUUGACCCCCCCCCCCCAGCAGACACGGCUAGCAGAGGGACUCAGGAAUGGUUGCUGUUUCACCAGCGAUAUACUGCUGAGGGAAACCGACAUUGCGGUCUGCUCCUCAUAUCAGUCCUGGGCGAUAUAUAGCCCAGGCCUACUCAGGAGCACAGAGUGCAAAAGUGGGUUGCAAGCUGUAGUCAAUGUGGCUUGAAAAAGCUCCCACCCCCCAUUCGAGUUCCUGUGAAAUUUCCCUCCCUGGUCGAAUGCUGCUUGCUUCUGUCUCUGUCCACCAGACACAGUUCAUCCUCUUCCCCCUAUCUUUCUCCUCAUGCCUUGAUGACAAGAAGCCAUGCCUGUGCUUUGAUCGUUUGCAGAAGUUUGGUGUUCUUCCACUUCCUCCUGCUUGUGGUGCUGAAGUGGAGCGUGUGCCUCUGGCCUCUGGGCUGCUCGCUUAAGAGUUGCCAUUACAUGUCACCGCAGCGUGACUUGGUCCUCCCCACUGGGGUCAGAGGCAGGUUGUUGCCUUCCCCGGCCCGGCUUCCAAUCAGUGUAUAGUUUAUUUUGGGGCGAAGGUGGAAAUGAGUUAAAUGGGGUUAGUGAUUGUGCAAAGCGCAUGCAAGACCAAGGCCGGGUAUGCUGCUAUUUUUGCUUUCCUCGGAGUCUGGGACAGGACCUGCUUUGCACCCAGGUCCAAAUGCCACUGCCCUCCAGCUUCUCCCACCAAAUCUUCCAUCCCUGCCCCAAGCUGGCCGGUUCCUCCAAGAAACAGGCCUCUGGCUGGGUGCAGGGCUUGUUGGGCUGCGCCAUCUGUACAGGGUAAGGGACAGCUGGGCACCAGUUCCUCCGAUGGUGAUUGGGAGUGACAGCCCUCGGGGGUGGGGUGGGGAGGAUGCUCUGUCAAACAACUAGGCUAAUCGGCUCUUGACAGAAAGGAUUUUAUCCUACAUGGGGUGUGGAGCAAAUGGAGCCCUGUUUUUGCUUUAAUACUGGGGCUUGGCAAAAGAGCAGGACCGAAGCACAGGUGAGAGUGUUUCUGGGUAUAUGUAGAGUGAAGAGCAUCAUUUGAUGCUGAACUCUUGGGUAGAGGAACCGCUUUCUUCCAGGUGCUAUGCAAAGUUUGAAGCGGGGAGCUUCUCCUCCUCCCCAGGAAUCCCACAUGCCGUGGUUAUAAUCAGGUUCAGAAGUGUUACUAGGUACUUGAAAGCCCUAGAUCAGAAAGGAGAUUGCAAGAAAGGAGAUUCCAACUAAACAUAUUUCUUUCUGACAGUAAGAGCUGUAUAACAGUGGAACAGUCUCCCUCGGGAAGUUGUGGACUCUCCUUCCUUGGAGGUUUUUAAGGCUGGAUGGGUAUGUUUCAUGGAUGCUUCAGCUGAGAUUCCUGCAUUGCAGGGGGUUGGACUUGAUGACCCUUAGGGUCCCUUCCAACUCUGCGUUUCUAUGAUUCUGUCAGCAUCAUCCGCACCUUAAUUUCCAAAGGCCUGUCUGAACAGGAAGGUUUGGGCUUGCCCGCAGAAGGAUAACAAAGAGGGAGCCAGCCUAGCCUCUCUUAGGAGGAAAUCCCACAAUGUGGGAGCAGCCAGAGAAUAGACUCUCUCUUUGAUGUCACCACCAACUGUGGCUCUGAGGUUGACAGAAACGAGAGAAGGUGCUCACCUGAGGAUCUUGACACCUGGGUAGGUUUGUGUAGGGAAGUACAAUCUUUCAGGCCUCCUGGGCCCAAUCCUUGUACCCCAUCUGGGAAAGUUUGGCAAGGUCUCCAAAGCAGGAGAUGUGGAUAUCACAGCAGGCUUGAAUUCCAGCUCCAUAAACCCGGCGUGUUUGGCUCAAAGCAGAUCUUUUUCAACUAUCUUCUUCCCUCUCUCCCAUGCCUCUUUUUUUCCAUUGCAGUAAACAGCCCUCAAAAUGGCUAGACAGCUUUGCCGUGGCCAGGUGAUUCCUGGCACCCCUGCCCGCCUGGCUGCUGUGUGCUGACCCUCGCCUCUGCAUGGAGACUGUUUCUGAGGAGCAACUUGGAUCUCCCCAGCAGAACUAGAUCCCUUUUAAGCAUGUUUGGAAGCCCCUCCCCAUGGGCGGGGCAUUGACCUCUUCCGCCAAAGAGACUGCGGCCUGUUACAUGCUGACAACCUGAUUUGCUGACGCACCUGGGGAAGCGGGAUUGGUGUUGUUUUUUCUUUCUCCAGUUGGGUAGGAUCCAGAUUCCCCCGUGGUCCUUUGGGUGCCUGGGCCAGCGCGAGGGGAGAGGUCUGUGGGCCUAGAGGCAAUGCAGUCAGACGACCUCUUCAUCCGCAAGACCCGAAGCCACUGGAACCGACCACCUCUCACGUCCCUCUCUUUCGACACCUUCCGGGCCCCCAAGCCCCAGGUGGCUGAGGGCCCCCUUGUGGGGCAGUGCGGCCCUCCACUGAGGUCCCCGAGGCGUAGCUACCUCAUGCAUCGCAGCAACAGCGACGUGACGCUCAGCGAAGGGGAGCUGGCCCCUGCCCCUGCCGCCCCCGGCUCUCCCUUGCCCACUGUGCAACCCGCCGCUGGAGUUGGCCUUCACCGCAUCAGCAGCAGCCCCAACACAUCCACAAAGUGCCCCGCGCCCCCUCGGGCCCGGGCACACAGCCACGAAGAGCCACGGGCCGGCAGCCCCACGGCACGGCGCUUUCGUGACCCCCUGCUUCUGCUGGGACUGGCGGCCAACGAAGUGUGGGAGACCGAGGCGGACGGUGCGCCGGCUGCGGACCCUGUGCCUUCUGAGGCACCCGUGCCAGUGUGGGGUCGCCACUUGGCCCACUACGACGUCCAGAGCAUCCUCUUCGAGCCGGGCGAGGCCACCCGAGAGGCGGAGAAGCCUGGCAAUGUCACCACCGGGGCAUCGGCUGCGUCGGAACGGGAACGCUGCCAGACGGACCUGGCGCCCCCUUUUGAGGGAGAGGGGAGCGAGGACAAAGACAGGCCUCUGGUGCUCAGCUGCCCCAACUUCCGCAUGGAGGCUGGGGGCGAGGCCGAGUGGGGGAUCGGCCAGCACCGGGGCUCCCUUGCAGGGUUUCACUGCCCCAACAUGGCAGUCUCUGUGCUGGAGGAGCCCCGGGAGAGCUACGGGCAGAGGACCAGCCGGACAAGCCAUGCCAUUGAGUACGCCGACCUCGGAGCCUGCUAUUAUCGGAAACAUUUCUACGGCAAGGGUGAGCGGCUGCUGGCAGGGUGAGAUGGAGCAGGGGUUGAAGUGAGGAAAAAGCAAAAAGGCUAGUGGGGGUUGUGUAGGACACAGUAGAGGGGUAUACAGAGAGUGCGCAGUAUGGAAAACCUGACUAGGGAGACAUUUUUCUUUCUCCUAAAACUCGAAUUCCAAUUCCUGGACCAUUAUUUUGCCUCCUCUUGCUUCCUUUUUGCAUGAUGCAUAGCUUUAAUUUUAAUUUUUAAAAAUAAUUUUAUUUAUGCAUUUUAAAAUUAAAGUUGCACUCAUUUAUAUACAUGGAUUUACGUACCCAGUCUGUAUCAGCUUCCCAGUCUAUCCUUCACUGACAUUCUAGUUCAUAUUCUUUGGUUCGCUGCAUCCCCAGUAGACUUCCAUCCUUUUUCUUCCUCUCUGUUCAUUUAUCUUGUCUCCUGCUGGUCCUAAAUUAAUCCAACCUGGAAAUUAACCAUGAUACCGUCUCUUUUUAAAUAUUCUCCAAAACAAUCCCACGCCUUAUUUUUUCCUCGUUCCAGUUUCUUUUUUUAGCCGUUAAACUUGCUCAUUCCGCAAAUUUUAUUAGUUUAUGCAACCGUUGGUCCUUUGUCGGAGUUGCCUUUAUUUUUUAUUUUUAACAUAGCUGUAUUAAUUCCCAAUAUAUAGCCAUUACAAAAGGGGGUGAAUACAAAAACAAAACCCCAACUCUUCCCCCCUUCAGGAGAGAUCAAUCUAGUUAAAAUUUGCCAAAGUCCAAUCUCUGAUUUUGGUACUUGCCAUUCUUCAGGGUUAUCAGUAAAGUAUUUUAUAAAAGGGUGCCAUAUUUCAACAAAAUUGUCUGCAGCAUUUGUAUUAUUCAAUGCAUGCAAUCUCUUCGUUAAUGUUUCUGAAACAGCAAUAGAUCAUUCGUUCUUUCUCCAACAGAGAUAGCUUUAUUGAAGACAUUCAGCCCCCUUUAAAUCCAUUCCAACAACAGCCCUGCGCAUUAAAUUGAGUGGCUCUUAGGUGUGUUGAAAUGCAUUUAUAUGGCUUAAAAAGGAGACCAAAACAAUGGACAGCAAGUGGUGUGGUCACUCUGAAGCUUAAGAGGAUUGCAGUGCUGGUGAAGGCAUCUGGAAAAAAAUGAAAUUUUGGAACCUAGUGUGCCUUGCAAGGGGCAGGGCAGAGCCGCUUCAAAGGCAUGUUCCUAAAAUGUGGUGACACCUGCCCUGAAUAGGAGGUGUGACUGGAUGCAAGUUGGAGAUUGGGAGAAGACAAAAUCCCAGUUUGGGAGUGAUGGGCUACCUUUUUGUCCUUUCCUGGUGCACAGUAGCCUCUCCCAACCAACUGCUGUGUGGCUGAUGGGAGUUUUAGUCUGAAAAAAUUUGGAGGCCUCUCUAGGUUGAUGAAGCCUGGUGUACAAGGAAGAAUGGUCUGGCCUCAGCCUUCUCAGAUCAACCCCACAAUCUACCAGCCCAAACCCAGGAAUAAAAGUUUACAGUGAGAAUUAUGUAGUUGAGAAGAGGGUGCCUCUGAGCACAUUCCAAGCCAAGGACUUUGUGUCCAAUACUUGAAAACAGAGCUCAAUCUCCUUUCCCACCAUCACCUACUCCUGGCUAGCUUUCCUCGUUCCAGCAGCCUUGUUCAGAUGGAGAAAAUUGUUUCCCCUGUUCAAAGUUUUCGGAAAACUUUGCUGAUCUCCUGAAUCAUACAGACAUCUUCCACUAGACCCCAAUGGACCUUCUGCUCACCCUUGGUGUUGAGGGUGGCUGAGGGCAAAAAUGGGCCGCUGGGCAUGGGGCAAGUGUAGGCCUCCUGCUGGCCUCCUUUGCUGUGAGGUUCCUUGUUUUCAGAGACUCUGGUUGGCUUUGUUUGCAAGCUGUCCUCAAGGCAGGUUCCUCGCUUCUCUCCACACAGAGCACCAGAAUUACUUUGGGGUGGACGAUAAGCUGGGCUCUGUGGCUGUAUCACUACGGCGUGAGGAGAAAGAGGGCAGCGCUGGACCCCAGUACAAUUACCGCCUUAUAAUCCGCACAAGUCAGGUGGGUUCUUACGACAUGCCGCAGUAGCCGUUCAUGUGUUUUUUUAUCCCAAACUGUGAGCUAAAUUUGCUUACCAAAAAUCAGCUGUGAGAACUGUCUCUGCUCUCAGGCUUACGCUCUAAAAUACACAGCACACAAGGAAAACAAGAUGGGGAGGGAGGAAGGGUUUAGUGGAAGCCCAGUCACCCAUUCUUAAAUUUAUGGUUUGUAUAAUGUAGUUCUAUCUAUGCAGAUUCUUCUUUCUUGGAGAAAGACACCUUCCCAGGAGAACUGGCACCAGCCCAGAGCAGACGACAGCUGCCACAUUCACACCAGAUGUUUAAAGCACUAGUAUUCCACUUUAAACAGCCAUGGCUGGGAAUCCUGGGAACUGUAGUUUGUUACGGGUGUUGAGAGUUAUUUGGAGACCCCCUAUUCUCCUCACAGACCUACAAUUCCCAGAAUCCUCUGGGAACAGGGGUUAAUUGUUAAAGCACUCUGGGAACUGUAGGGCUGUGAGGGGAAUAAGGAGUCUCCUAACAACUCUCAGCACCCUUGACAAACUACAGCUCCCAGAAUUCUUUGAUGGAAACCAUGGCUGUUUGAAGUGGCAUUAUACCACUUGAUGGUGUAAAUGUGGCCUAAAAGAUAGUCUGUGGCAAAGGUAGGACUUAACCCUAGCUUUUCUCAGGUCCCACCCCAACAUCCUAGCCAUUAGGCCACACUGAGUGGUGUCAUGGCCUUAUGUGGAGAGGAAUCCCCUUGGUGUGAUCCUCCUCCUGUCCCCUUGACAGCUGUUGUUUUCCUCCCAGCUCCGGACUCUGCGGGGAUCUAUUCUGGAGGAUGCUCUUCCCCUUUCGGCCCGCCACACUGCCCCACGGGGCAUCCCUCCCAAGAAGUUGCUGGAACACGUCAUGCCAGAGCUCAACCUGCAGUGUCUCCGCCUGGCCUCUAGUUCCCCAAAGGUCCCAGAGACCUUGCUCAAGUUGGAUGAACAAGGGGUAAGGCUGUUUCAUUCAAAACACAUGUUCCUCACCCUGUUAUGUCUUAGAACUACCUUCAAGGCCAUUUACUGCCAUGAAAAAUUGUUUAUUUGUUUUUCUACUGCCCUUCAUCCAUAGAUCUCAGAACGGUUCACAACAUAAAUUUGCAAUACAGUCGUACCUCGGAAGUCAAACAGAAUCCGUUCCGGAGGUCCGUUCGACUUCCAAAGAAUGGCUUCUGAUUGGCUGCAGGAAGCUCCUGCAGCCAACUGGAAGCCGCAGAAGCCCCAUCCGACGUUUGGCUUCCAAAAGAACAUUCAAAAACUGGAACACUCACUUCUGGUUUUUGAUUGUUUGGGAGCCAGAACAUUCGACUCCUGAGGUGUUCGGGAACCGAGGUACGAGUGUAUAAAAAAUACAAAAUACAUAGUAAAAAUAAAAACAAAAACAAACCAAUAAUCCCACAACACGUUUAAAAGGGCAUCAGAUGUCAACCAAGAAAUAAAAUCGAAUCCUGAGGAACCUCACAUUGAAGGCUCAAUGGGCUGAAGAAUACUCCCUAAGCAACACUCUCAGACCUUCCAACUUUUUCUGAUGCAAAACUGGGACAUGCAUCUUCUGGGAUGGCUUCUGGGCAAGUCAUGUGACUCUCGCUCUUGCCCCCCCCAGCGAGUUUUUUUGGGGGGGCAAGAUCUCAUGUAGUGCCCAAAAAUGCGAGAGCAUGUGAAGUCGCAGCACCUAAAAUGGCUCCCGAGAUCUUGUGAGAAAAAAUGGGAAGGUAUGCUCACUGGAAACAUCAAUCCAAGUAGUAACUGGAACUACCUCAAAGCAGUGCCACACAGUCCUAACUCCAGAAGGAUGCCAUGGUUGAUGGUAUUGAAAGCCGCUGAGAGGUUGAAGAGAAUAAACAGAGACACAUGACCCAUGUUUCUCUCCCAACUGAGGUCGUCGUACAGGGCGACCAAGGCAGGUUCUGGGCCAAAACUGGGCCUAAAUCCCCAUUGAAAUGGAUCUUGACAAUCAGUUUCUUCCUUGAGCGGCUAGAUUUGUAUCAUUUGUAUUUAACAAUAAUAAUUUAAAAAUCAGAAGGCAACCAUCAAAGAACAUCCAGCUGAGUUGUAAGGCAGGGCUGGGGAACCUGUAGCCCACCCAAUGUUAUUAGACUCCACCUCCCAUGAUCCCCAGCCAGUAUAGCUAACAGCCAGGAAUUAUGGGAGUUGUUGUAGUCUGGAAGGCCCAUCUUCCUCUGCUGUCUCAAAUGAGCAUGGCUACGGGUUCAUUUCCAUUCAAGGUGUUGACUUUGACUUUUAAAGCCCAAUGCAGCUUGGGACCUCAGGUACUUUUAAAGAGUGCCUUGUCCCGCAUCAAUCUGCAGGCUUUAAAGAUUUUCUACCGAGACACAUAUGUUAAGAUCUUUUACUCCAGCUACCCGGAAGUAAGGCAGGGACAAGUACGUGAUGGGCUUUUUGUUGUGGUUGCGCCUCUCAUUGGAUACUCUGAAUACUAGUUUCUGGGCGACAGCAGCAGGAGAGGGCUAGCACUUUUGUGGCCUGCUUGUGGGCAUCGCAAGAGGAAUCUGAUUGGUCAUUCUGUGUGCAACAGGAUGCUGGAUUAGACCUACCCAGUAAAGUGAAGGCUUUGAAAGAGCCUCUGAUUGGUUCUCGUUUGGGUCUUGCCCUUCAAUCUACCCAUCCCGGACUUCCCCCUCCCUGCAGCUCAGCUUCCAGCGGAAAGUCGGGGUGCUGUACUGCCGAGCAGGGCAGGGCUCCGAGGAAGACAUGUACAACAACGAGGAAGCAGGGCCAACUUUCCAGGAAUUCCUGGACCUCUUGGGUGAGCGCAUCCGGCUGCUCGGCUUUGGCAAGUACCGUGCCCAGCUAGACAACAAGAGUAAGUAUAACAGGAGUGUGAUUAAUGUGUGUGUGUGUGUGUGUGUUUUGCAGGGUCAUGAUUAGGAGGUGGCCUAUGGGGUCUUCGGCAGUAGACCCUGGAUCUCCUGGUCCUUCUCCCCCACUUCUUAAAACUUAAAAAAAACAUGCAAUGUAAACAGUAAUAAAAUAUAAACUGCUUAGAGGGCAGCUGGAUGCAGUUCUCAUCUACCACCUGAAUUUCCCAGCAGCAUUGGUACUGUUGCAUGCCACCCCAGUCUCUGAGCAGUGAAAGAUUUCAGGCAGUUACCCAGGGUUUGUGGUUCCUUUUGGAAAUGAGGCGCAGCAGAGACCAUGGUGUCUUUAUGAUGCAUGGUUUAUUUACACAUAUAUACAACCUGAGCCUAUGAUGGAGGGGUUCUCGGCAUCAACCUCCACCCCCCCAAGGGGCCUUGUUUCUCCCACAGCAUUUGCCGCAGUAUAAUAAUAAUAAUAAUAAUUUAUUAUUUAUACCCCACCCAUCUGGCUGGGUUUCCCCAGCCACUCUGGGCGGCUUCCAACAGAAUAUUAAAAUACAGUGGUACCUCGGGUUACAUACGCUUCAGGUUACAGACUCCACUAACCCAGAAAUAGUACCUUGGGUUAAGAACUUUGCUUCAGGAUGAGAACAGAAAUCGUGCUCCAGCGGUGCAGCAGCAGCAGGAGGCCCCAUUAGCUAAAGUGGUGCUUCAGGUUAAGAACAGUUUCAGGUUAAGAACAGACCUCCAGAACGAAUUAAGUACUUAACCUGAGGUACCACUGUACAAUAAUCUAUUAAACAUUAAAAGGUUCCCUAAACAGGGCUGCCUUCAGAUGUCUUCUAAAAGUCUGGUAGUUAUAUGCCACAUGUUGAUGCCAAGCCUGAGCAGGGCUUAGUGGUCAAGUUCCUAGCUCUUUUUGUCUUUUCCUGUUAAAGCUAUGCGUUUAUUUAUUAAGUAAAAUUGGUUGGUUGGCGUCUGUCUGUCUCGGAAGACAAUGGAGAAGUACGGCUUUUGGGGGGCGUGAAGUUGGAAGGUUGCCAUGCCUGCUGUGACUGCAGAGAGACAAGUUUUGGGAGAGACAAGUUUUGUUGCAGCUGGGGCAGGUGAAGGCGUCUGGUUAUGCUGCUGCAGAUGCACCGUGAUGUUUCAUCUCUCUCCGUUCCUCCCAACAGUCAUUGCUCCUCUGGUUGCUGCUAUGGAUGCACAACCUGGCUGCCAUACACAGACCCUUACUGAAAAAGCUACCUCUUAGGUGGGUGGAUGCUAGCAGCAGCUGCACUGAAAGUGUUUUUAAUCUCUCUGCCACUCUUCUUUGCAGAUGAUUCCACGGGAACCCACUCGCUCUAUACCACGUAUCAGGACUAUGAGAUCAUGUUCCAUGUCUCUACCAUGCUACCCUACACCCCUAACAACCGCCAGCAGGUAUGUGGGGGCAUUUUUGCUUAGGUCAGGGGAACAAGAGAUUCCCCAUAAAAAGUAAGUGAGGGAGAAGCCACCACACACAUACUGGAGAAGUAUCAAGCAGAACUUAUUCACAUCCUCUUAACGCUCCAUUCAGAGGCUGAACAGAGUGCCUGUCCCAAGUCUCCAGCUCCCUAUUUCUCUGGUAACCUUCCUUUCCUCCCCGCCCCCAAUCUUCUGCAGCUGCUGAGGAAGCGGCACAUUGGAAAUGACAUUGUGACCAUCGUCUUCCAGGAGCCUGGAGCGCUCCCCUUCACGCCAAAGGUGUUCCGCUCACACUUUCAGCAUGUGUUCAUUGUGGUGAGGGCACAUGAAUCUUGCACAGAGCACACUACUUACAGGUGAGAGGGCGGUGGCAGUGCGGGGAAACCUGGCAAAACUCUCCCUGACCUUCCAAUUGUAACACCUCCUUUGGACUUGUUCAUCUCGAUGGACUUGACAGCGAGAGGUUUUGAAGAAAAUUAUUAUUUUUUUGUUGUAAAUCCUUUAGUCCUUGUGCCAAUAUUAUUAUUUACAUUUACAUUUAUAAGUUGCUUACCUUGUGAAAAUAACCCAAAGUGAGGUACAAACACUAAGACCAAUUACACAGAACCAAUAAAAAACCCUUAAAAACGUAUCUAUAUAAAUAAAAGGCAGGUCUUUUCCUACCUGGGGCUCGGAUAGAGAUAAUAAAUUAUUAUUAUAUUAUUAUUACCCCACUAAUAGAGGCCAAAAAUACUUAAAACCCUUCAAAUUAAGGGCCAAAAGCCCAGGUAAAAAGCACACAUGUUUGCCUGGCAACUAAGACUAGACAAAGAUGGUACUAGGCAAGCUUCCCUGGGGAGAGCUUUCCACAGCCACAGAAUCACUGCUGGAAAGGCUUGUUCUCGUGUUGCCACCCUCUGAUCACAGGGCCAGGGUAAGUGCAUGUGGGGAGGCGUUGUCCUUGACAUAUGAGGCUCUGAGCCACAUUGAACAAACCAUGGUUAAAGCAAUCUGUGGCAUAACAUGAUGUGCGAAUGCAGCCAUCAUUGUCCGUUGUUAACUUUUAAAUCCAUUCUUUCCUUAUUUUAUUCCAACCCUUCAUCCAAGUUGCUCAAAGUGGCCCAUGGUCCUCAUAGCAGUCCUUUGUGGUAGGCUCAUCGGGGAGAGAGUGUGUUGGACCCAAGGUCACCCACUGAGCUUCAUGAAUGAGUGGAUUUUUGAACCAGGGCCCCCUGGUGCUAAUCCAGGCAUCCCCAACCUUUGGCCCUCCAGGUGUUUUGGACUACAAUUCCCAUCAUCCCUGACCACUGGUCCUGUUAGCUAGGGAUCAUGGGAGUUGUAGGCCAAAACAUCUGGAGGGCCGCAGGUUGAGGAAGCCUGUGCUAAUCCAACUCUGUAGCCACUGCCUCUAACCACACUUCCACAUAGGCAAUGAACGUGCCCCAUUCAAGGAAGAAAGCAUCAAGUUUAACUAGACUUCUGAAUAAGAUUAAUCUGAUGUACCAAUGUCUCUGUUUGUCCCAGAUUCUUAGAUACCAAAGGUUGUAUCCAACUGAGUUAUAGCCAGAGUAGACUCAUUAGAAUGAAUGGAUAUUUAUGAAUUUCAGUGGGUCUACUCUGAGGAGGACUGACGUUGGAUUAAAUCCCAAGAUAUGAGGUUGCUUCUCAGUCCUUUAUUCCUGUAUCCUUCUCUGAUUGAAAAAGUAGGUUCUGGUUAAGGUUUUAGGACACAAAGAUCAGAGGAGUAAUCAGGACCUCGUCUGAAACACAGCAGAGAUAGCCUGCAAAAAUGUUCACUAGCACAAGCAAACUAUAUUGAUAUGUUUAUAACUUGUUACUUAUCUCUUGCAAUAUUUUCUGCCUGAAUAUGCUAACAGUCCUCACAGAUCCAACAACAUAUGGAAUGCAGGACCAGGUUUCAAUAUGGGUUUUUACAAAUUAGAUUUUUAUUUUAUUUUCUGCGGGAAACUCAGCUGGCUGAGGCUUGUAAUUCCUGUACUCUUUUGUCUUAGAAAUAUGUCCCCUUGUGGUGAAACAGAGGCACAGCCACAUUUUAAGGGAUUUUUUUUUUAAAAGAACCGUUGUACAGUAAUUUGACCCCCAGUUUCCUCUGAAACACAAGUACAGCUACAAGGGUGUGUGUCCCCCUAGUUUUCCAUUAUUAUAAAAACAAAUCCCCUAAAUGGUGUGUGUAUGGUAGGGUACAGGUGGCUUUGCCCCUGCCAUCCCUCCUCCCGGCUGUCAGGAUCUGGAAUGGGGCCCCUGCCUGGUUCUUUGUGUCAGGAGAAACCUCUGCACUCAAGGGAAAACCAUGAGAUUAAUGUCACAUGUAGUUUGGUGCUGAGGUUAGUUCACAGUAGCCCUUCUGUUUUUAUUUGCCAUUCUUGGUGCAUUUUUUCUUUCUCCAGAGAAACCAGAUGACAGCAGCAUCUAACUAUUGCAGUCUAGUACAACUUCUUUUUCAAACUUGAUUUGCACUAUUUUUGCCCUUUUUACAGUAAGGUAUAAUUGUAGUACCAGAAUGUCCAGGUUAGAUGAGCAAAGCAGUAAAGGAUGUUGGGAGAGGCUCCUGUAUCUUUAAUGAUCAGUUUCCUGAAUACCUCUUUUUGAUUGCCACAAUGUCAGCUUUCCAUAAGUGAUGUGAGGAAUUUUUUUUCCCAUGAAGGAAAAAUACUCAUUUUAGAAAUGCAUUGAUUCAUGAAAUUAAUGAGUAAAAUAAUGAAUCAUUACAGUACAAGUCAAAUUUGACUAAAUUUGGCAACUGAAAUAAAUGUAAUAUUAGUCAAAAAUAAAAUCAGUAAUAAAGUCACUUAUUUCUGGUGGCUAUCCCUAGAUAGUAUACACUAGAGGUUGACAUAGUGUGUCAUUUAAUACAUGAUAUGUAUUAAAUGACACUAACUUUUCAGUAGCCUUUAACUUUAUUUAUUUAUUAAAUCGUUUUUAUACUGCCUUUUGACCCUAACAAGACCCUCCCCCCACCUGUUAAAAAAAUAUUCUAAACUGGCAUAAGCUUUUAGAGGCAACAGCCUACCUCAUCAGAUGCUGUGCUGGGACUGUGGAAAGCUAAUAUUUAUUUGGCUGUUUGUUUAUUUGAUUUAUCAGUUGCCCAAUACAAAAAAAAUUUCCUAGAUAACUUACAAACAGAAGCCAACCCACUGCCCCAGUGGGAAGCCCAGAAGCAGGACCUACGCACAACAGUAGGCUUGCCAUAUGCCAGGAAAAUUUCUGCCAGGUCCUGGUUUUCGGGUGUAAAAAGGGUGUUUGGGGGGGGGGGGGAUUUUGCCAAAUCGGCAAAAUGUCAAGUGAAAAGCCGGAUGUAACGCGAUGGAAAAAGCAGUGGAAACAGCUCCAUAGGCUUAAAAUCACUAUUUUUUGGUGGGAGGUUUCCCUUAAAAAGCUCAACAAUUUGGGUUUGUUCCCUAAAAUGUCAACAAUUUGGGUUUGUUCCCUAAAAUGUCAACAAUUUUGGUGUCUUCCUAAAAACAAUUUUGCAGGUGUCAGGAAUUUUACUUUUUUGAAAUAUGGCAACCCUGCACAACAGCAACUUUCCCCACUGGUGAUUCUCAGAAACUGUUAUUCACAGGCAUAUUGCCACUGCCUUAUUCUGUGGCAAGAUCUCACGCGGUGCCCCAAAACAGUCCUUUUUUUUUUCUGGGCGAGAGUGCAUGCGAUUGUGGCACCAAAAAUGGCUGCCGAGAUUUGACCAUCCUGUUUUUUUCGUCAGGAAAUUGGGAGGUAUGGGAUCCCCAUUUUUUUCAAGCUCUCAAACCCCGAACUUUUCUUUCUGUACCACUGUCACAGCACACCAGCAGAGGGAGCUGCGAGGCCUGUUCUUGAGUGGUUGUCAGGGUAACGCAAAGUUCAAAAGCCUCAGGCUUUGGGCCUAGUUCCUUGAUCAGUUCAGUACGGAAGGCCUAGCUGCUUUUGAACUCAGUUACUUUUAUUGCCCAGUAAUUUGUUUGUUAGCAGGUUGACUGCCUUAAUUGUACCAGCCCUCUGGUUUGGUGGGCUUGCAGCGAGGCCCAUAGAUCCCUGCCCCCAAAUAUAGUUGCAUGCUGUUUGUUAAGUAGCAGGUUUGGGAAACUAGGAUUACACAGGGUCACUCUCUUAGUUUAGACUGCUCCCCCCACCACACCACAAUUGUUUCCAUCAUGUCGCAACAAUCUCCCAGAGGUCACAUACCAGUGUUUGGCAGGGCCGGAAAAUGGGCAGCGAAAUUGAUGUGACUGUUACCUUUAUAUGGUAGGGCGAGUACCCCCAGAGCCAGAGGUUCCUACAAACACCUCUCUCCAUCCUCACAAGCAAGAGGCCACUAUCACUGUUCAAGGAUAUUUCUAGCUAGAUAAAAGCAUUUAAUGAGAGCAUGAGGCAGGGCCAUUGAGGGUUAAGGCCUAGGAAGAAGAGGUGUACUCUGGGGAGAGUCAUAAGGGCUAGAAAGCUGCUUUUAAUAUAUAUUUUCAAAUGGAAAUUCAGGUGCCCAGGAUGCUGAAUCCUGGGACCAAUGCAAAAUUAUUUCAGUGAUGCAGAGAAAUAAGCAAUUCCAUUGCAUUUUUUUAAUUUAAAAAAGUGUCCUGUGUCCCUUCUUCUCCUCUCUCUCUGCGAAUGGCUGCUCCAUUCAGCGUGGCUGUCAGCUGCACCAAGGACAUCCCACGCUUUGGUCCCUUCAUCCCGGCUGAGAACUCCUUUGCCAAGGGCCCAGCUUUCCGAGACCUCCUGCUCGCCAAGGCGAUCAAUGCAGAAAAUGCGGCCGAGCGCUCAGGGAAGUUCCACGCCAUGGCAACGCGCACCCGCCAGGAGUACUUGCGAGAUCUAGCCCUCAACCACGCCACCACCAGCACAUUGGAGGCCUCCUCGUCGCGCUUGGCCCUCAUCGCUUUGGCUGCAAAGAAGCGCGAGAAGUCCAAGGCGCCAAAGGGGGCAGAGGCACACAGUGCGGGGGCUUUGGUGUGGGGCGUGUGGGCACGGGAUGGCAGUAGAGGACCCGAGAGCAAGACUCCUGAGCUGCGGUGCCUGCUGGGCAUCUCGGCUGAAUUUCUAGUCCUUAUUGAUGCCCGUGAGAAGAGGGUGGUUUUUAACUGUUCCUGCCGGGACAUCCUGGCUUGGACCUUCUCUGAAAGCUGCACUUUGGACCUCUACUAUGAGACAGGGGAUUACAUUUGCAUGCGUGUGGAUGAGGGUCAGGCCUCCGAUAUCCGUGACAUUGUCCACCGGCUGCAGGUAAUAAUUUGUUUUCACCCGCUAAGGGGUGGUGGGGAGCGGAAGGGAUGCAUAGCAUCAUUUGGAUUCAAAGUGCUGUGGUGCUAAAUUUGGGUCCCUUGUGCUCCACCUCCUGAAUUACAGAUGUGGGGGGGUGACUUCUGUUAAUUGGCUGUGGGGGAAUACACUCUCCAUAUGCUUAGAGGGGUUAUUGUGCUUAUUAUUACUCUGUGGGUCCCAAGGCUAUACACUGGCUAUAAAAAUAGGCUCUUUGGCUUAAUCUAGUCACCACCUGAAAUAUCUCCCCUCCCCACAGCUGGUGACUCGGGGUUGCGAGACACGGGAGCUGACCCUCUUGCGGAACGGGGUUGGCCAGCUGGGCUUCCAGAUGGACCCCGAGGGCUUCGUGACGGAGGUGGAGCGCUUCACCUUUGCUGAGACGGCUGGUCUCCAGCCUGGGGCCCGCCUGGUCCGUGUCUGCGAGAGACCCUUGCCCAGCCUCAGCCAUGCCCAGACCUCUGAGCUUCUGCGCACUGCCAAGAAGGUCACCAUUACUGUCGUACCCCCAGAUGAGAAUGGAAAGGCCCGGAGGUGAGUACACUUUGGGGAUGGGAGAGAGGAACACUCACAGGCCAGGUUUCUCAUAUUUGCUCUCCUUGGUGUGUUGCUUUUAGUUCCGAUUUCUUUUGGGUUUGCCCAGUGCCUAGUCCUGGCAUUAAACCCCCUUGUAUAAGGUGCCUGGGGUCUUGAACUGGAGAUAAUAGCAGCAGUCCGCUGGGACCUGGCUGUCUUGGCCAUAAUAAACUUUCUCAUUGGUGGCAGCUUGAUUUUGAGAUGCUCUCCCCAGGGAUGCUUGCCUGACUCCUGCUUUUAUGUGUCAUUUUAAUGACCUGUAUUCCCCACCCCCCGGCCUUUUAAUUUAAUUUGAAAUGGGUUCCCCUACCCUUCCCUUCCUUAGCUUUUGGUGUAUUUGUGUGUGUGUGUCUCUCUGUGUGAUCUUUUAGGUUUCCCUGCUUUUGGUGUAACUGUAUAUGCUUUUAAUUUGUUUUCAUUGUGUUGUCCAAUUUUACAUUCUGCCCCAGGAGUUUGAAGAGCAGGAUUUAAGUCUCUGUAAUGAAAGCAUACAUAAAAUUAUUCUGUGUGCAAAAGAGGUGCCCUUUUGUCCCUUCCCUGCUCUAGAAAUAAGAAGGUCUUUUUAUCCUUCUUAAAAUGACUAGCUUGAUUGGAAAGUAGCGUGAUGAAAUGGAUGCUGCUGCACGACAGUUGUGGGUGAGCCAAAGGCAGCUGCUCUCUCUGCAGAGCCUAUAGCCUUGCUUCCCUUUGCUCCUGCUCUGCAGCCUGAUGGAGCGGCUGCCGUUAGGUAUAUCAAACUAGCCCUCUAGUCCUGAUGGAAUAGCUGUUGCUGGACGACACUUAAGAUUAUUCCUCCACCCAACCUACAGGAUGGUACUCUGAUGUCUUUCUCCUCUUCCUUUUCCUCCACAUUGGCAGAAGUUUCUCGGAGCUGUACCUAAAGUCUCUACAAGAGAAGAGGAGGAGUGAGCCACCAGCCAGCGAUGUGGAGUUGACCAGGCCAGGGAGUGAAGCAGGGUUCAAACCUGCCACGCUCCAGCUGCUCCACUCGCUAUCCCUGCCAGACGGGGGGCCCCCUCACAGCCUGGCAGAGGAGAGGACUGAGUUUCUGCGGAGCCAUAGUGACCGAACGCCCAAGCCUCCAGACCCGUGAGUAGCACUAGUAUCUCCAGCCUCUUUCGUGGCUCAUACCCACUCACCCCUUCCCUGUCACAUCCAGCCAACUUCCCUCUGCCUCAUUCCAUGGAUCUUAGGAACACAAGAAACUGCUUUAUUCAGUCCAGGCUAUCUGUUUUUCUAGCUUGGCAUUAUCCACUGUGCUUCAAAUGGCAAAAGAUAUUGGGCCUACAGAGCUUCACCUGAUCUGUAUAACUGGAGAUGCAGGGGAUUGAACCUGGGAUCUUUGCUUGCAAAACAGUUGCUCUGCUACAGCCCUUCCACCAGUUUUAUCUUGGGUUAGACAUGCAACCCUUGUCUGUUUUUUGCAGGGAUGUAGGAGACUGCAAAACGCCUUUCAUUGCUGCUCCAAGCUUCCUCUUUUUUCUGCUGCUAGAAGCACCUGAAGAGAGAGAAGCAUGGGAUAAAGGGAGUGUGAGGGGUGUGUGUGCAUGUGCACCUGUAAACAUGUCUUUUCCUCAAGGCCCAUGAUAACAAGUUUGCAGGUAAUUGGAGGGGCGAAGAGGGCUGCUAACAUUUGUCAGUGGACCAGAUUCUGCUCUGGGUCUACUAGCUGCCAACUCCUUUCUUUUCAUCAGCUUUUGCAGCUCCUGCAAGAGGGGGAGAAGGUUAGUCAUCAAAGAAUAGAAUAGCCGUUUCCCUUCCUCUGGCCAUUUUUAAAAAAUGUGUGAUAUUCAGGAACCAAGGCUGCAAAAAAGGCAGGGUUUCUUACAAGAUGGGUUUAGAUCUAAAUCAGACUGUUAUGUGUUGGAAAACGUUUGUAGGAAAUGCUGUGACUUCGUUCUGAGACCUCAGAUAUGGUAUCAGCAACUCAUCAUCCUUUUAGCAUACGUUCUCCAUUCCUGCCUCCAUGUCUCAGUGUCUGGGGUCUCAUUCUCUGCAGGGUGCCACCUCAGGACAUCCCUGUCCUGCCAAAUCCCCCUCCGGAUCUCAUCCUGGCUGCCACACCCAAGCCCUCUGCAGAGCAGGACGCAGUAAGUGUUUGUCUUCUCUCUUUGUACCUCUGUUUAUGUGCCUUUUGAUUUUAACAUUAAUAAUAGUCACAACAACCACUUUAAAUAAUAUAGUGGCAUCUAUGUUCGUGGUGAUUUACAAGGAGCAUGUUUGGCAAGUUCCUGCCUCAAGGGGCUUACUGUCCCAAAACAGGCACAAGGGAGGCAACAGAGGAAUGGGAGGGAAGUGUCUCAGGCAGAGGAAGGUCUUCCCCUUCUUCCCCUUCCUGAUCCUUUUAACUGGGGGUGCUGUGAUUGUGCAUGGGACAUUCUGCAUCAAACUAUAGCUCAUUGGUAGGGAAUCUUCAACCCAUGGGCCUAAUGAGGCCUCCCCAUGGCUCAUGAGGCCAUUUUGGCAAAGCCACACCUACCAACCCCUUGCCUGGUGAAGGGUUGGCCAUUUCUGGAUAUGAUCCUCUGUGCAGAUCCAAUUCCCCAGCACAGCUGCACUCCCUCUCCAACAGUAGCACCUGAGGCAACCCUUUAAAGUGGAAGGAGUUGAGUGUGUGUGCGCGCGCACACACACACACACACACACACAACCUGCUAGCAUUGUAUAGCCUGAGGCAUCAAAUAUAAGAACAUAAGAAGAGACUGCUGGAUGAGGCCAAUGGCCCAUCUAGUCCGGCAUCCUGUUAUCACUGUGGCCAACCAAAUGCCUGUAGGAAACCUGCAAACAGGAUCUGAGCACAAGAGCCCUCUCCCCUCCUAUGUCUUCCAGCAACUGGUAUUCAGAAGCAUUACUGCCCUUGACUGUGGAGGCAACACUAGUAGCCAUUGGUAGCUUUAUCUGCUAUGAAUUUGCCCAAUCCUCUUUUAAAGUUGGAUGGUGGCCAUCCCAGCCUCCUACAGAAGUGAGCUCCAUGGUUUAACUAUGCACUGCAUGAAGAAGUCAUUUAUUUUAUCUGCUCUAAAUCCCCCAACAUUCAGCAUCAUGUAUUGAGAGAGGAAGAAAAGAAUGUCUCUGUCCAUUCUCGCUCUCAUGCAUACUUUCAUAAACUUCUGUCAUGUUGCUUCUCACUCACCUGCAAUCUUACAUCACAGGGGUGUUGCUCCAUCCCUUGAUCAUCUACUGAAAUGGGCCCUGAAUCACACCCCAUUUGUCUAGGUCAGGGGUCUGCAACCUUUAAGACAAAAAACCUGGGAGCCGCAAAACCAUUGCGACAUUUAAAGCAUGCGCGCCGCUGCCCUCCGAUCUGACAGCGGGUGGGAAGGUGACGUCGGGACGGUGCGUGACUAACGCACGCACCGCCCCCAUGCGACGUCACAGCCAGUACAGCGCCCGCCACAGUGGGGAGUGUCGGGGCGCACAGUGCGCCUCCUCCCCUCGCUAGUAUCCACCCCGGAGCCGCGGCAAAGGUGUAAAAGAGCCACAUGCGGCUCCGGAGCCGCGGGUUGCAGACCCCUGGUCUAGGUCUUUGCAGCAUACACGUCCCCUUCUCCAUCUCCUACCCCUUGUAGCAACAGUAGAUUUCUUGCUAGUUUAUGAGGAUUAGGGUAAGAAUAUCCUGUUGCUGCUGUCUUAAGAAGGCUAGAAAGUUUCUUAAAGAAAAAAGAAAGCCAAAGUUUUCUCAGGAAGCUGGAUUUUGCACUGUGUACCACAUUUAGUCGCUUGUGCCACAUGGCAGAAUGCACAGAGGGCUGAUUUUUCUGCUCUGCUUCUCCUAGGACCAUCCUGGAGAUCCCAUUGUAAACAAGAAAGAAUCCGUUGUGGGCCAGGUAGCCAAAGGCCCCGAAUCUCUGCCUCCUGAGGAAAAGACCUCUCCACACUUGGAGUCCAGAGAAACAGAUAAGUUCCUGCCGCGGACACUUUCCCUGCGGAACUCCAUCACCAAAAGUAAGAGAUCCUCCGCCCUGCGUUCCUUCGCUGCCCCCGUUUCCCCGAGUGCAGAGGCACUGAUGUGGCCACGCCUGGGCGGGCCAAGGGUUUGCUUGAGGACUGAAGGCUUUGCUCUCUCCUUUAUCCCCCAGUCCUCUCUGAAGCUGGAGAGUCCCUGGAGGAUGAGUGGGAGUCCAUUGCCAACUUGGCUUCUGCUUGCAACAGCAUCUUGGAGGCCCUUUCCAGGGAAGGUGAGUGAGUGGGGGGAGCCAAACCAACAGGCUGGCACUAGCUGCGGCAAAAGUCUUGGAACUUAGUGUAGGGUAGCAUCCUAGGAACACAGGAAGGUGCCUUAGAACAGGUCCGACUUGAACCUGGGACCUUCUGUGUGCAAAGCCAGAGUGCUGCCACUGAGCUAUGGGCCAUUCCCCUAUCUAGGGCUUUCCUCUUGCUCUGGCUGAAUCUCUUACCUGUGCCUCUUUCUCCAUCCAUAGGGCAGCAUGUGCUGGAGAGCAGGGAAUCCCUGUGCACCACCGUCCAGAGGGGCACGAGUCAGCAGCAACCCAAUGAGGAGUAAGAAAUAGUUCUCUCUGUGUGUGUACAAGGGGACAGGGAAGAGAGAUUUGAGCGUGCUGGGGAGGUUCAACUAUAUGGUGGGGAGAUCUCAUCCGUAUGUCAGCUCCCUGAAUUCCUUCUCUCCAUUCUGCAAGGCGUAGCAAAAAUAUAUACAUCUUCCUAGUUACAUAAAAAUGUGAGAACAAUCAUUUGCCAGGAUAGUUAACAUCAGUGUCUCCCCACCCUGGUUCUCCCUUCUUUUCCAACUCUUUCAGGUCCCAGUUUCCUCUCAGCCUUGCUGAUAAGGUCCUGCAUUUGGAAUCGACACUCAAGAAACUGCAGGAAGAUCUUCAGAAGGUGAGGUAGUGAGCAGGAAUGUAGGAGGCACGGAGGAUCAGACCAGCAAGGUUUUUGCAAAAUUUACUUUUGAAAGGUAUUCCCCAUUCUCCCAAAUUUAGAGCCAAACUAAAAAUGACAUUAAAUUUGCCUUUGCACUCUUAAAAAAAGAGCAGCUGCCGCCCUUUUGAGAGGGAGGGGAGGAUGCAAGUUAUCAGGAUCUCAGCUAGUUAUUGGCACUUUGGAGGUACUGCACAAAGAAAAUCCCUUUCAGACAAGCCACACUUUUACCUGCUCCACACUUGACAUCAGGUGUAGGGCAGGUGGGCAUAGUUUGCCCAGAAUGGACUUAUGGGUCAAACUGGGUGGAUAUACGGGCUGAAAGUUCCCCACCCCUACUGUUAAUCAUUUGUUCAUCCCACAUUUUUGGGUGCGUUUCCCCAUCACUUUCCUAACUGCAAAUUUUAUUUUAUUUAUUUUUUAAAGCGGAUUUGUUGUGCUAGGGCAACAGAGCACUUUAAUCCCCUUUAAUUGUGCAAAUCUCACUUCUGGUGUGCACUUGAAUCGCUCCCACAAAAUUCCAAGUCUGGACGCACCCAGAGUCUUUGCCCUCCUGUAGGCAACAGCCCUUUGGGUAUUUGAAGAAUUCUCCUCAGUCUUUACUUCUCCAAACUAAAGAUGCCCAGUUCGUUCAAUAUUUCCUCAUGGGACUUAUUCCUCCCCUGAACCAGUUUUAAAUCAUACAAGGUAUUGUACCUGAGGCACAUGUCACUGGCUGCUUCUGCAGUCUUGAGGAAUGGGUCCAUCUGCCGCAGCAGCUUGUUCUGUGAAAAUGUCCACCUGGCCAUAGCUAUAUCUGUUAUCUCAGGGCAAGCGAGCACAAGGUAGUUCAGGAUCUAUUGGUGGAUAUAUGGGGGAUCAGCCAGCGUUUUUCAUUCCCCAAAACAGCAGCAACUAAAAUGACUACCCCACCACCAUAAAUAAAUAAAAAUAGGUUGCUGAGAAAGAAAACUUGGGGGGGGGGGAAGCAGGACUGGGUUUUUGUGAAAAAGGGAUUGUGGACUUGGCAUCUGUGCUGAUGCUGAGUACAAAUUCCUGGCCUGCGUUUGUGCUCAAAAGGCACCUUGCCCCUUAAGUCUUAGUGUCCUUCCAUCCACCUGAGCUGCAGUUGUGCACCUGAUUCUGGUUGAUAGACCUCAAGAUUCUGGUAGAACAAGCAAGUAGGUGCCACAAGUCCAAAGGCUGCUCAGCCCCUGGGUUAUCUGUGUAUAAAUAAAUGCACAUAGAAUGAAACCUUUGCAGUGAAGAAACUGCCCAUAAUCUUCAUUUUUUCCCCCUUCAAGCCCUGCAGAAAGCCAUCAGAUUUGUUCAUGAAUGUGAACCAUUAAUUCUUCCCUUCCCAUUUUCCUUUAAAAAUCAUUCUGAAAGGAGGAGGCUUCCUCUUAAAAUAGCUUGGCAUCCACCUAUAACACCCUCACCCCCGGGUAUGUGUCAUUAUCAGGACUCGCUGCCCAAACUCAGACAUUGCAGACUGUCUGGUUUUCCUCCCUUCGUAGAGAUGUGGGUUUCCUUGUUUAUUUUUUAGUCAUGCCAUGUGGAACUUUCUCCUCAGCGAUGUCUGAAUUAAUGAGGCCUCACUAGAACAGUUUGUGGGGUAUUGCCUACAAAACCUCCAGCCACAAUGCGUUUAUUAAUCUCUGAGGUGCUGAGGGAACUCCUGAGCAGUCUUGCUGGAACAGAUCUGUCCAGUUGUCAUUCAGGAAGCAUUUUCUAGCCAACAGCUUCCAUCCUUAUCCCCCGCCACUCUGGUGGGCCUAAUUUGACAGGUGGGUAGUGCCACUUUGUUGUCAGUCACCUAACGCCAUGGUGACAUCAGGUGACGCUGCAUUUUGAGGCCCCAAUUGUUUGCACUUCAAAGCCUAGUGUGGGGCUGUUUGAAAGCCCUUUUUGAAAGGGUCCUGGUGGUUGGGAAUGUUUCUAGCCUGGAAUAGAAUGCUGAAGGAGAAGGGGGCCUAAUGGAGCUCCUGGGGGCCAAGUGUUCCUCCAACAAGACAUAGCAAACAGGGAAGGGCACUGUCUUCCCACCCCCUCAAGUGCUAUUUAUUUAUUUGUUGAAUCCUCACCCAAAGGAGCCCUGGGCAGCAAACAACAGAGUGGUGAAGCAAUACAAUUAAAUAUAAAUUUAUUUAUUUAUUUAUUUAUUUAUUUAUUUAUUAAAAAAUUAAGAGCAUCUUUUAAAAAAUCAGCUAAUAAUUUCAGGGUUGCUGGGAGCAGUAUCUUUUGGCCAUCAAAAGCCUGAGUGAGCAGGAACGGUUUAAAAUUCCUCCGGAAUAUUACACUGAUGCAGAAGACAAGAUGCACCUCACUGGGGAGGGUGUCCCACACAUUGGGAACCACCACCGAGAAGGUCCUACUGCGAGUCAGCAUCAUCCAGAAAACACACAUCACCAACAGCAGCAGGAUCUGCUGUCUAGGCAUGCGACAGGGUCUCUCUUGAGGACCUCGGCGAGUGUGUGGCUUCAUAUGGUCAGAUGCAGGCCUUAAUUGUUGCAGCAACAGCAGCCUUGUCCCCUCAGCCUCUAGAUGGAUUAGAACCAAGCCAGCGUAAUGGGAUGGAGCCCCUGAUGUGUUUCUGAGUUUCCUUUCUUCCUUGUUUGUCCUCCAGGAGAAGGCUGAAAAGGCGGCGUUGCAGGCGGAAGUGCAGACCCUUCAAGAGAACACCCAGCGCUUGAAGGAAGCAUCAGAGACGGCGGCAGCUCAGCUCAGCCAGGUCACACAGAUGCUGGGCGGCCCCCCAACGCCUCCCCACUGCCCUUGAGGCCCUCUGACCUCAUCACACCUUUGGGGGCCUAGGAGGGGGUAGCUGGUGCUCUCACUCACUCACUCUUUACUUGGAGCACAACAGAGACUUUUGACAGGCUGUUCCAGUACAAGGUGCUCCGUGCCCCCCCCCCCACUUAAGCCCUCCCUCUGCUAGCCUUUGAUGUGGCUAGUGCUACAGCUCUCACCACUGGUUGGGGGUGUUGUAUAUUCCCAGAAUGGGGGGUGGUUGGGUGGAAGCUGAGGUUUGGGGGCCCAAAGGACACAGGGCUCAACUGGCCACCUUGGAUGAGGUGGAACUCUUUGGGCCCCUGUUAGUGAACAGGUUGCACCUAUCGACCAAGGCUUGCCACCCAGUUCCUUUCAGGGGCUACUGCCCCACCCCCUUCCCCAAUUAAUUUGUGCACCAGCCUGUAACCUUAGUUUGGAGCCAUACAAGCCUCCUCUCCAGGGUGGGGUUAGGGGUGGGAAUGGUUGUCUUGUUGAGCAUCUUUUUUAAUUUUUUAAAAAACCAAAUUACGAUUUUGGACCCUGGACUUUUCUUGCCACCAGCCCCCGUGGAAAUGCCACCCUUGUGGUUCCAUCGGACAAAAUAAAAUAAAAUAAAUUCACCAGGCAAUAACUGCAGAUCGCCUUUGAGGAAGGGGAGAGUGUGACAUGCCCAGGUUGACGAUUUUCCCUGGGCAGAGGUGUGUACAGUGGUGGUGCUGGAGGGAGAAGGAUUGAGCAAACCUUCCCUCGCUGCCUCCAUUCCCUCCCUCCCUCCCUCCUCCUCCCCCCAACCCAUCCCAGCACUGAUUUGGGACUGCACAGGGGGCUUCCUGCCUGAUGGAGGCCUUGGCCCGCAUGCCCGUUAACUGUGAAGUUUUUGAAAGCUGUGACACAAGCCCUGCUCCCUCCUUGCCCUGUGUGGUCCUCAUUUCCACCUCUUCUUGUAACCCAUCACAGAUUCUUCCUAGGUGGGGGCAAGACAAUCCAGCUUGCUGUUUUAUCUCACCGCCUCCAGUGGUGCUACCCAUUGCUCCCCCCUCCUCCAAUUCUGCCAGGGGUAGCCAACGUGACGCCCUCCGGUUGUGGCGGACUCAUACCUUCCCUGACUAUUUGCCAUGCUGACUCAGGCUGGUUGGAGCUGAGAGCCCCAGCAAGAUCCAGAGGGCAGCUCGUUGGCUAUCCUGAUCUUGGCCCGCCCCACCUCGAGAAGCAAGAGGGGUGGGGCACCCUUCUCCCCCUGUGCCGUUUUGUGUCUGUGUGUCCUGUACAUAUUUUUCCUUCCUUCCUCCUUGGACCAAGGUUAAGAGAGGCGAGGGGAGGUGGGGAAUCUUGUUGUCCGUCUGUCUGCCCCACCCCAGCCUCCUGCCUGGAUUUGAACUGAAUGUACAGACUAGCCGUGGCCCUCCUUGUGCAAUAAAGUCUUUGGUCUGCAGCCACAUGCCGUG